CCUCCCGGGGGCCGCGGUGCUUGCGGGCCCGGCCCCCUCGCGGGUCCCGGCGCAGCGAGGGGCGCGGCGCCUUUGUUGCGGCGGAGGCCGGGCGCCGCCCGCGCUGCAGCGGCCUUUUUGUGUGCAGAUGGUGGACGCGGGCGGCUGCCCGGCCGGGGAGGGCUGGAGGAGGAUGGAGGCCGCGCCCGACGGUGCCGUGGACAUCGUGCCCCUGGACCGCUACGACUCGGCCCGCGCCAAGAUCGCCGCCAACCUGCAGUGGAUCUGCGCCAAGGCCUACGGCAUAGAUAACAUCCCCGAGGACCUCAGGGACCCCUUUUACAUUGACCAGUAUGAGCAGGAGCACAUCAAGCCGCCCGUCAUCAAGCUCCUGCUGUCCAGCGAGCUCUACUGCCGUGUUUGCAGCCUCAUCCUGAAGGGGGACCAGGUGGCGGCCUUACAGGGACACCAGUCUGUCAUCCAGGCCCUGUCCCGGAAAGGGAUCUACGUGAUGGAGAGUGACGACACCCCCGUGACGGAUCCCGACCUCAGCCACGCACCCAUAAAGAUGAGUGCCCACAUGGCGAUGGUGGACGCCCUCAUGAUGGCCUACACCGUGGAGAUGAUCAGCAUCGAGAAGGUGGUGGCCAGCGUCAAGCGCUUCUCAACGUUCAGCGCCUCGAAAGAGCUUCCGUACGACCUCGAGGACGCCAUGGUGUUCUGGGUCAACAAGGUAAAUCUUAAAAUGAGAGAGAUAACAGAGAAAGAAGUCAAGCUAAAACAGCAGUUAUUGGAAAGUCCGGCUCAUCAAAAGUCCCCCUCCAAGUGGUACUGGAAAUUAGUGCCCGUGCGCUAUCGCCGAGAGCACCUGUCCGCGAGGCAGCCGCCCUACUUCCCGCUGCUGGAAGACCUGAUGAGGGACGGCAGUGACGGGGCCGCCCUCCUGGCCGUGGUCCACUACUACUGCCCGGAGCAGAUGAAGCUGGAUGAUAUAUGCUUGAAGGAGGUAACGUCGAUGGCUGACAGUCUGUAUAAUAUUCGGCUUCUGAGGGAGUUCUCGAAUGAGUAUCUUAACAAAUGCUUUUAUCUCACCUUAGAAGACAUGCUGUAUGCUCCCUUAGUGUUGAAGCCGAACGUUAUGGUUUUUAUUGCCGAGCUCUUCUGGUGGUUUGAGAAUGUCAAACCAGAUUUCGUUCAGCCCAGGGAUGUUCAGGAACUGAAAGAUGCUAAAACGGUGUCGCACCACAAGAGUAGUCGGCCUCCCGUUCCCAUCUCCAAUGCCACCAAGCGCAGCUUCCUGGGCAGCCCCGCGGCGGCGAGCCCGGCCGACUUGCAGCCCCCCGCUGCCCUGCCAGCCGAAGGCGGCCACAGGCACCGCCUGCACCCCGAGGAGCCCGAGCACCUGGGGAAAGGCGCCUCUGCCUUUAGCCCAUCACACCCUUUACUGCCUCUGAGACAGAGACAGCAGAAGACCACGCAGGGGGAGGGCCUUCCUGAUCAGCGACACCGGUCCAAUUCUUUAACCCGAGUGGAUGGCCAGCCACGAGGUGCAGCAGUAGCAUGGCCAGAAAAACAGAACAGGCCUGUGUCUCAGCCAGCGCCCUUUGCCCUCCAUCACGCUGCCAGCUGUGACCUGGACCCCGGCUCCGGUGACAGUGUCAGCCUGGCCCGCUCCAUCAGCAAGGAUAGCCUGGCGUCCAGUGUCAUUAACCUGACUCCGCAGAACCAGCCCCAGCCUGCAGCGCUGAAGACCGAUGGCAAAAGCCUCCUGAACGACGUCCACAUCGAGGAUGAAGAGCUCGUGGCCGUCAUCAGAACGGACGUGGCUCCCCAUGGCGGCGACCGGGGCCUGCCGGCAAGUGCCAGGUCUCCCCAGAGAUUGGCAGACACCCUAGAAAGGAAGCCUGAGACUUUCUUCCUGGAGCCCUUGAUGCCGGCCGUGCUUAGGCCGGCCAAGGAGAAGCAGGCGAUCGCCAAGGAGGACGAGUGUGGAGAGGGGCGGCCACGGAGCUUUGCCUCUAAGAGACCCAGCGAGGGCCACCAGCCCCUGGUGCGCAAGAGGGCGCCCAGCAGUCACGGCGGCCGUGACCCGACCAGGACUUUCACCCCGAUCUCCUGUCCGGAACCUCCCGCGGGCGUGGACCCCGUGCCUGCUGAGACAGGGCCGCAGGCGGUGAGUGAUUUCGAUCCGUCACCCCGGGGACAGUCUGCCGACGGCUUCUUUCUCCACGUGGCCAGGGCCGCUGACGACGCGGAGGGCAGGUUCUGCAUCAGCUGUGCCAGGAGCCCCGGCGCCCACGACCCCGAGCCGUGGGCCGUGCUGAGGCAGGACUCGGACUCUGACGUCGCAGACCUGGAGGAAGCCGAGCAGGACUUGGUCGGCGAGGACCACCCCGUGGUGAUGGCCGGGUACGUCGGCGAGGAGGAGUCGGCGAAGCUGCAGGAGGACAUGAAGGUGAGGGAGCACGAGGACAAGGACGACGCCAGCGGCCGCUCGAGCCCCUGUCUGAGCGCCGUGUCCCAGGUCAGCGGCGUCUCCGCGGCCAGUGGCAGCGUGAAGAUGACGAGCUUCGCGGAGCGGAAGCUCCAGAGGCUCAACAGCUGCGAGACCAGGUCCAGCACCAGCAGCUCCCAGAAGACCACGCCGGACGCCUCGGAGAGCUGCCCGGCCCCGCUGACCACGUGGAAGCAGCGGCGGGAGCAGAGCCCGGGCGGGCCGAGCGCGGACCACGCCAGCCUCCUGGCCUCCGAGCUGGUGCAGCUGCACAUGCAGCUGGAGGAGAAGCGCAGGGCCAUCGAGGCGCAGAAGAGGGAGGUGGAGGCCCUGUCCGCGCGGCAGCGGCUGAAGCUGGGGAAGGCUGCCUUCCUGCACGUGGUCAAGAAGGGGAAGGCGGACGGCGCCGCCCCGCCGCGCCAGCCCGGACGCCCGGCGGGCGAGCGUGCGCGGCACGACGGGGAGGACUUCGACGGGGCCUCCGGGACAGAGGAGCUGGCCGCGAAGGAGGAGGGGAGGGAAGGCGCCCUGCAGUCUCCGGACGUGGACGCCGAGAGCCCGGUCUUCCUGCAGCAUAAAGCGGUGGCCCCGGCCGCGCUGCACGAGCUGGAGAAGAGCAGGGCGCUGUCCGCCGCGCUGCUGGAGGACGCCGGCCAGGCGGUGGACGCGAGCGAGUGCGACCUGUCCAUCGAGAAGCUGAACGAGACCAUCAGCACGCUGCAGCAGGCCAUCCUGAGGAUCUCGCAGCAGCAGGAGCAGCUGCUCAUGAAGCCGCCCGCGGCCCCGGCCCCGGGCCCCAAGCACGGCGGCCCGGACCCGCAGGUGCGCGCGGCCAUCCACUUUGUGGAGCCGCUCUCCCCGCCCGGGACGGCCGCUCACCGCAAACCUCCUCGUCUCGGCCAGGCUCGGAAUUCCCGCUCCGGGAGGCCGGCCGAGCUGAAGGUCCCCAAGGACCGGCAGGCUUCCUCCCGCAGCAAGACCCCGACGCCCAGCGUGGAGAGCCUCCCGCACCUACGGCCCUGCCCGCCCCGCACCCCCUCCGACCCGGGCUGGGACGGGGUUGCAGAGCCUGGCGGUGACCCUCCCGAGAAGUACUUCUUUGACAGCUACCGGCUCCACGAUGAGAACAACCAGCGGACUCUUGUCUUGUCUUCUUCCAAAGACGCAAAUAUUCUGUCCGAACAGAUGAGCCUCAAAGAAGUUCUGGAAAGCGGCGUGAAGGAGGUGGGGCUCAGCUGCCCCUCGGUCUCAGGGAAGGAGAACGUCCCUGUGGAUGAGCCCCCCAGAGGCAAGGCCAGUCUCAUCGAGGUGGACCUCUCGGACCUGAAGGCCCCUGACGAGGACGGGGAGACGGAGGGCCCUCAGAGCGCCGUGGACCUCGCCAGUGAAGGCGACCAGAAGCCGGGGGUCGGCUUCUUCUUCAAGGAUGAGCAGAAGGCGGAGGACGAGCUCGCCAAGAAGCGGGCGGCCUUCCUCCUGAAGCAGCAGCGUAAGGCCGAGGAGGCGCGGGUGCGGAAGCAGCAGCUGGAGGCGGAGGUGGAGCUCAAGAGAGACGAGGCCCGGCGCAAAGCCGAGGAAGAGCGCAUCCGGAAGGAGGAGGAGAAGGCACGGCGGGAGCUCAUCAAGCAGGAGUAUUUGCGCAGGAAGCAGCAGCAGAUCUUGGAGGAGCAGGGGCUGGGGAAGCCGAAGGCCAAGCCCCGGAAGCCGCGGCCCAAGUCCGUCCACCGGGAGGAGUCGUGCAGCGACUCAGGGACCAAGUGCUCCUCCACCCCUGAUCACCUGAGCCGCGCCCAGUCGGGCUCCAGCCUGUCCCUGGCCUCCGCGGCCACCACCGAGCCCGAGAGCGUGCACUCGGGGGGCACGCCUUCCCAGCGAGUUGAGUCCCUGGAAGCCUUGCCCACGCUGAGCCGUAACCCCAGCAGGAGCACAGACAGAGACUGGGAAACCGCGUCCGCUGCGUCCUCUCUCGCCUCCGUGGCCGAGUACACAGGUCCCAAGCUGUUCAAGGAGCCUAGUAGCAAAUCAAACAAGCCGAUCAUUCACAACGCCAUCUCUCACUGCUGUCUGGCUGGGAAAGUGAACGAGCCUCACAAGAAUUCCAUAUUAGAGGAGCUGGAGAAGUGUGACGCCAACCACUACAUCAUACUGUUCCGGGAUGCGGGCUGCCAGUUCCGAGCACUUUAUUGCUACUACCCCGACACCGAAGAAAUCUACAAGUUAACCGGCACGGGGCCAAAGAGCAUCACCAAGAAGAUGAUUGACAAACUCUAUAAGUACAGCUCAGACCGGAAACAGUUUAACCUGAUCCCGGCCAAAACCAUGUCCGUCAGCGUGGACGCCCUCACUAUUCACAACCACCUGUGGCAGCCCAAGCGGCCCGCGGUGCCAAAGAAGACCCAGACUCGUAAAUGACACCGGCGCCGGCGGGGCGGCCUGCGGGAUGCGUGGACGGGAUCGAUAUUUAUUAUUUUCGUUCGUUUGGUACGAAGCGUGCGGAGUCGCAGACGUUUUUCAGAGAGGCUUCGGUUGACAAAAGAAAGGCCUCCCCGGCAGCGCCCCCCACACGCACCGGGUGCCAGGUGGGGCGAGGAGGGGGAGGAGGCGCCGUGUCGGGUGGCUCGCGGCCACCGCCGGCCACGCGGGGCCGGACGUGGGGUGCGCGUGUCGCGAGGUCUCCGGGCAGUGGAUCCCUUUACUUGAAGUUCUCCUCGGUGUGAAUGGAAAGCGGUCUUCUCUUUCUCACCUCCUACCCCGACCCCUUUUGCACGUGACCCGACCCCCCCCUUCCCCCCUCGUGCCGGCCGGCUGUAAUCCUGUGGGGGUCACAGGGCUGAGGCUCGGUCUCGGGUCAGGGUGUUUGAAUGUCGUUAGGAAAGGAAUUCAAGUUGGGGGAACCUUGUUCGUUUGAGAAACUGUAUGAUAUUUAUUGAUUGUGUCUACUGCCAAUGUUUAUAUCCAGUUCUAAGAUUUCUGAAAAAAAUUCUUGUUCUUUGCUGCUCAGAAAACGUUUACUGAAAACCCCAGUUCACUAAAAGCACUGAAAUCUGCAAAGUCUGUCUCCUACUAAGAUGACGUUUACAGACGUGAUGGUUUUCUGCCACGCAAUCAUGAGGACGGUGAGUGGUGCCAUCAGCCGGCCUUCGCCUCAUUGGAAAUAGACGAGCGGAGCAGGUGACCGCCAUCGCUCCCGGAGUUUGGGAUUGCGCUCUGAUGAUUUGUUCACUUUAAUAAAGACAGAUUUUGGUACAGUA